UGACCUUGGUGUAUAAACAAUUUGUGUCUGUUGAAGCCGGGCUUCAUUUAUUUCUAAAUAAUCCUGUGUAAGUGCUAACCUUAUGUUUCUUUGUACAGUUGGCUUUCAAAGUAGUCAGUUCUUUAGAGACUUGUUCUUAAUCGAGUUCAUUCAUAUUCAACGCCUUUCUUACGAACUUAUAUUCACUGUUUGUUUGCUUUGUCCCCGCAUGUUGUUUUAUGCGGUCCUACGUCUCUUAUAAUAUCAGUAGGGGUAGUAUAUCCAUUUGACUGCUCUUAUUCUAGUUAGUUUGGUAGUUAUUUGUGGAUUAGUUUGUCUUGUGGGAGGAUGAGUCCAUAUCCCAAUCUUAUUUUGGGAAAAAUUUUUUUAUCCGUUUUGGGUAAACCGUUAUAAAAAAUUCCGGGAAAAUAUUGGGGAUUUCCCCAAAAUUUGGGGAAAACCCGGAAAUCGAGAGAUUGGGUGUCUCAAUGCAGUAGGACUUCUGGAUAUCAACACCUAUUACAUUGCCAGGAGUAAGUUUGGUUGGUUGCAAUGUGGGAAAUAAUAUGGAAAAAAUUCUAUCGCUAAUAGAAAACGACUGUUUCAUGAAAUAAUAAACAAAUAUGUUAGUUGGUGAUGCCGACAGCGUCAGUAGACCGAAUUGUAUGAAUAAGGGGGAAACGGAGAUAACAAUAAAAGAGAUAGGAAGUAUUAACUGUUAUGUGACAAUGAUAACAGUAGGUAAAUUAUGGAACAUGCAUCGGACAGCUGGUUCAUCAGGUAAAUGGUAAUCCAUGGGUGAGUAUGUGUUUGUCAUGUUUCUUUUUGAAGCUAUCCACCGAGAGGGUUGUGGUCACUUCGGCCGGGAGAGCAUUUCAAAUGGGGGCAACUCUUAGUAAGUAAAAAUUAUAUGCAGUCAAAUCAACGGUCAACGUCAAGUAAUCAACCUAAUUUUCCACGCAAAAGAAACACACAUGUUCAAGGGUUGAAAUCCAGACUUCGAUCAAAUAUUAAUUCAAUUUUGUCUAAUUAUGAAAUGAUAUUAUCACGAUCCAAGAUUGACCCAAAUGAGGUUACUAAAGGUCUUGGUCCAUAUGCUCAAUGUGCUCAAGAUACAUUUGAAUUUAGCGUAAGAGCAGCAAAUAUAGUACAUGCUUGUGAAAAUAUCACUCGUCUAGUAUCAGAAAUUAAACAAUUUCUAAUAUUAGGCGAUUUUCGUUGGUUGGCACGAGUUACUUCAUUAAAUCAAGAAAAAUUGUUUCUUCGAAAAUUAGAUUUAGAUCGUGUUAAUAAUCGAUUACGUGAUAAACUUGUAGCUGAAUUACAUAAUUUAGAACAAGAAACAAGUCCAGAUUAUCCUAUUAAUACUUUUCAAAAAAUUAUUUAACAAUAAAAAAAAAACAAACAAAGAAUACAAGUUAACUUUUAUAUUUUCACGUACAUAUCUAUGUGAAUUUUAUUAAUUAUAAAUAUCCAUUGAGUUA